AUGUUCAGCCGGCACAAGGCACCCAAAGGUCACAGUGCCAGUGCUUCUACCUACGACGACCACACGAGGGGUACGCAGUCUACCUUGCUCGAGCUUGGCCUAGUCAGCCCCAUAUCGGUGCGGGAUCCCCAGCGAUCCAAAUAUUCCGCCGGCGGUGUGAACCCCUACGACAGCGACGUACCAACCUUUCCCGAAAAGGGACACUCCAUUGCGGCCGGUACCGUACGAGGACACAGAGGUCAUCGCCACACAGCAUCCUCCGGCUCAGCGAGAUCAACGGAUAGCAACACCAAGACUGUGCGCAGCUCCACGACCAUGGCGACCAACACAGACCGACGAGGCAACCGCCGUGAGCGCACGUUCGUCGGCAGCGAGUGCUCUGUGUGCGAGGAGCCGCUCGAACAUACUCUGCAGGGCGAGCGCAUACUGCAAUUCUCCUGUUCCCACGUCGCCCACGAAGCCUGCUUCUACGAGUUCAUCCGCGAGUUCGAAUCGCAAUAUUGCCCCACGUGUAAUGCUCCGUUGCAUCUCGACACAAGCCGCGGUGGCAAUGUUCUGGAUAUUGAGAAAAUCAGCAACCUUGUGCGCUCCGUUUCAAUCAACGAUACGAGGUCCAGCCAGACCACAACACCGACACCCCAUCAGUGGGAUGCCCAGCCCCAAAUGGGCCGACCUACAAGCAUAGAGUCGAACCAACGACAACAACAACAGCAGCAGCAGCAGUCUCUCAACAACGGCAGGGACAGUAUUCCGCGAGGCAGCAUUCGGGACAGUCGGGACGGCCCAUCAUCAGAGCGUUAUGGUCCGUCAUCUAGGCAUGUUCGAAGCGACAGUGAGGCGACUGGCGUCGCCUCGUCAGGAGGAUACCCGGAGACCACACAGAGCGGCCAGCAGGCGCGUCGACACGACUACGACGUGCAAGCGAUGGAGACGACCCCCGGCAGCCCGCGCGGCGCGACCAGGAACCCAAUUCCCUCACCGACCGUGACGGUGCGAUCUGAAUUCCCGACCAUCAACAGGUCCAGGCAACAGCAGACUUUGACCUGCCUGAUCACAGUCGAAGUGCCUGAUACCAAGUGGAAACCCGACCCUGAGGAUCUCGGUGCGGCACCGCCCGGUCCUCCACCCAACGGCAAGAUGGAAGAUGCCUUCGCGAGACCACCUUCCCCAGCGAGGAGCGCCCCUCGAUUCUACCCCUACGAAUCGCCCGAGGUCCUCGAAGAAAUCACGGAGAGCUUGAGGAAUAGGGUAGAUAACUGGCACGGUCUUGAUUUCAGCAGAUUUGGCAAGUUGAGGCUCUACGGAACCCUUCGUGUCGGCAAGGACAAGGUUUCUUGGCAAGAAUUGGAAUGCUUCCUUUUCGCCGAGAUGUUGAUCUGCGUCAAGGAGAAGAAAGUCAUCCUGGCCAAUCAGUGGGAUGAGAACGGCCUGCCCAAGAAGUCGACCCGGUGCACCUUGAAGGGCUCUAUCCUCAUCAAGAAGCAUCUGAAUGAGGUCACCGAGACGGGCAAUAUUGACGAAAACGUCCUCACCCUGAGCCUGUCCGUUGCCGAGCUGCCACAGUUCCACCUGCGAUUCGAGAACCGCAAUCAGUUGAAGCUCUGGCAACAAGCGCUACUCGAUCUAAAUGCUGUCGAGACGUCACCCGUCCGCAGCCCCGAAUACGACCGCGGCGACCUGUCCGAGGUGGAAGAAGAGGACUGGCAAAGGUCACGCCCGCAGCGUGUGUCUUCGGUGGCCUCGUCAUGGGGAGGCGCGAAAUCUGCGACCACAGCACCGACCGAAUACACCAACUUUCAACGGAGCCCCGGUCUGCCCGCUACCGUCCACGUCCCCAUCGACGUCGUUGUCGUUGUUCCCAUAUCCUCCUCCAUGCAGGGCGUCAAGAUCAACCUCGUUCGUGACGCCCUGAAGUUCAUGAUCCACACCCUAGGCGACCGCGACCGGAUGGGCCUCGUCACUUUUGGUUCAGGCGGCGGAGGAGUGCCAUUGGUGGGCAUGACGACCAAAGCUUGGCCUGGCUGGAAUAACAUCCUAUCAGCCAUCAAGCCGAUUGGCCAGAAGAGCCACAGAGCCGACGUCGUUGAGGGUGCCAAUGUGGCGAUGGAUCUCUUGAUGCAACGCAAGCACAACAAUCCCAUCGCGACAAUCAUGCUCAUCAGUGAUGCCUCGACGUCGGAUGCGGAUAGCGUAGAUUUUGUCGUGUCUCGGGCCGAGGCUGCCAAGAUCACUAUUCACUCUUUCGGGUUGGGCAUGACUCACAAGCCAGAUACCAUGAUCGAGCUGUCGAGCAGGACCAAGGCGUCGUACACCUACGUCAAGGAUUGGAUGAUGCUCCGCGAGUGUCUCGCCGGCUGCCUGGGCGCCAUGCAGACCCUCUCCCACCAGAACGUCAAGCUGAAGCUCAAGCUGCCCGAAGGCUCGCCGGCCAAAUUCCACAAGAUCAGCGGGGCGCUGCAAAUCACCAAGCGCGCCACUGGCCGAGACGCUGAGGCCGCCCUGGGCGAUCUCCGCUUCGGUGACAAGCGCGAUAUCCUGGUGCAGCUCGUCAUUCUGCCCGACAAUGCCUCGCAAGAGCAGCUUCCUCAAGAUCCGUGGGACAACAUUGUCUCGGGCCUCGAGGCCCUGGGUGGAUCAGGCGAGAGCGACGAGCAGCGGGUGACGUCUGUCGAGGAGGUGCCGCUCAUUCAGGCCGACCUCACGUGGGGCGACAUCCUGAGGGACGGCACGCUUUCCCACAUGCCGCGUCCUACCCUCUUGGCAAUCACCAUGCUCCCCGCCCAGGCCAAGGCCAAGAACUCAUGGUCUGGAUCACCACCCAUUCCUCCCCAUCCUGGUAUCGUUCAGCGACGGAUGGAACUCCUCACGUCGGACAUGCUUACGCGCGCCUUGACCCUCGUCUCUCGCGGCCAGCACGACCGUGCCCACACCCUUCUCAACGAGACACGCUCCAUACUCAAGGGCCUCGGCAAGGGCGGGCUACCGCCUGUCCCCUCGCUGCCCCCGAACAAGUCGCUGCCUUCCACUCCUCAUCCAGCCCAGGACGGUUCCCCGACCACGGGCACACCGGACCGCAAGCGCACACCUUCCCCUACCCAAUCUACCACAUCCUCUGCCAUGGAUCGCUUCCCGGCGCCUGGCAUUGGCCGCAGCCGCUCACACGACGGCCUCAGUCUCAGCACUGGCAUUGACGCCAGUACCGUGGCCGCCUUGGAUGCAGAGCUCGAGAGCAGCCUCGAGUGGAUCAGCCAUCCGGCCGUCUUUGGCCGCGACAGCCGCAAGGCUGUGCUUCAAGCUAUUGGUGUCAUCAGCUCACAACGCGCCUUUACUUUCCGAACGCCGAUCGAGUCCAUCUGGUCUGGUAGAGUCGGUGGCGUGAAACGGCUCACAGAGAGGAGUCGUGAGUGGCGCGAUGAGGGUGGCGGUGAGGUCGGCAUCAUGGAAGAGGCAUGA